CUUUUUUUUAUUCGCCUUGUGCGCUUUGCAUUCAAACAUUCCCACUGCAUUUGCUGCUGCCGUCGUUGCUCUAGACUCGAUUUCUAGAGCUUCCUCUGUCCUCUCUUCGAUACCGUCUUGGUGCCUUUGGUCUCUACAAAGGCACUCACCUCUCCCAUCACGGCUCCCCAGGCCGUGACUGACAAAGAUUUCUGCGCUCGCAAGAUACCUCACAUCAUCAACACCAUCCCCCCACCCGCUGCUUGGACACUCUAAGCAGCUCCGCGACUUCUUGCUUUUCGACGUGCCGCCUCGUCACCAGCCUCCGUCCCCGUCGUUAAACGACACCCAUCAGCUGCCGCAUAGGAGGAGUUCUGCGGUUCUUCCUCUCGCCGAGGAAGAGUCGUCGAGGAGGCCUCGCCAGAUCACUGAGGGAACAGUCUGCUAUCGCUUUCGACCACCCUAACAACCGCUUUGCUAUAUAGCUGCACAGUUUCCCCUUUUUAGAAAACAGCUUCGGACCUCUCUUCGAACUACUUUUCUUUUUCUUCAAAGAAAACAUCCCCCCGAUAAACUCUUGGGAUAUGGUUAUGGCAACAGCUGUCCUCGACAAUUACGUCCACAAUGUCAUCCAUAAUCAUGUUGUGAAGAAGAAACCCCAGUAUCUGGGCGCUCUUCAGAACAAUGUUGCUAUUGAUCCGAAGCAAUUGAUCGGUGAGGCCUUCCACCAGCGCGUGGGGGCCGUUGACCAUGAGCUCUGCGACCCCGGUGAAGAAGAUACCUUCUUCGUAGCAGACCUUGGUGAGGUUUACCGCCAGCAUCUCCGCUGGAAGAAGAACCUGCCCCGCAUCAAGCCUUUCUAUGCCGUCAAGUGUAACCCUGACCCCAGGGUCCUCCAGCUUCUUGCUGCGCUCGGCACUGGCUUUGAUUGCGCCUCCAAAGGCGAGAUUGAACAGGUCUUGGGCCUCGGUACUAGCCCAGACCACAUCAUCUACGCUCAACCCUGCAAGACCAACUCCUAUGUCCGCUAUGUCAAGUCGGUUGGUGUCAAGCAGAUGACCUUUGACAAUGCUGAUGAGCUCCACAAGAUCGCCAAGCUGUUCCCAGGCGCCGAGCUCUUCCUUCGCAUCAUGACUGACGACACCUCGAGCUUGUGCCGCCUCAGCAUGAAGUUCGGUGCCCCCAUGGACACUACCGAGAGCCUCCUUGCCCUGGCCAAAGAACUGGGACUCAACGUUGUCGGCGUGAGCUUCCAUGUGGGAUCUGGCGCUUCCGAUCCCGCAGCUUUCUACAAGGCCGUUCUCGACGCCCACACCGUCUUCCAGCAGGCGCGCACCUAUGGAUUUCACUUGCGAGUCCUCGACGUCGGCGGUGGUUUCUCCGGAGAGACUUUUGAGAAGAUGGCCGGCGUCCUUGACAGUGCUCUAACUGAGUAUUUCCCCUCUGGAUGCGGCGUUGACAUCAUUGCCGAGCCUGGUCGUUUCUACGUUGCUACCGCCUUUACUAUUGCGUGCAACAUCAUCGCUCGUCGUACCGUCGAUGAUCCCUCGGUCCAGACCACUAGCUACAUGGCCUACAUCAACGACGGAGUCUAUGGCAACUUCUCGAGCAUCAUGUUCGACCACCAGCACCCCGUUGCCAAGAUCCUUCAUAGCGGUGGCCAGACCCUCUAUGACACGUACGCUGCCGAGCCCUGCUCACCUGGCGACGGUGUCGAGUAUUCCAUCUGGGGUCCUACUUGUGAUGGCAUUGACCAGAUCAGCCAGAGCACUCACUUCCAGCGCAUCCUCAAUGUCGGCGAUUGGCUCUACUUUGAGAACAUGGGCGCCUACACCAAGUGCUCCGCCACCCAGUUCAAUGGUUUCCCCAACUCGCACGACACCAUCUAUGUCUGCAGCGAGCCUGGUGCCAAGGCUCUCUUGGACCUCUAAAUGGCGUGGCCUCACGACGAAUGACUUUGGAUUCAUUUGCCUCGAUCAUUCGUAUGCAAAAAUGGAGGAAAAGAUGGGUGGAAGUGGGUUACUUUCUUUCUGGCCAUUGGUCUAUGACGGCUCCUUAAGGGGCCUCCUAAUUCAGGAAGCCUAUGAGAGCCAAAUAGCAGGCUUCUUAAACCGCUGUCACAUGUGGUUUGAAUAUAUUGAACAAUCAUUAUUGUGAGAAAAGACUCUCGAGAGUAGAUAGACAAUCAAAAAAGAUGCCUUAAUACAGCAUAUGAAAAGUUUUAUAUCA